CCCCCCCCGGCCCCGGGCCUCUCCUUCCUGCUCUGUACGGCGCAGCCACGGGACACAUAAAUGCACAGGCAGAUGUCUUUGUCCACGAGGAUUUCAUUGCUUUGUUAUUGGAUCGUAGAUGACGCUGGCGUGAGCUGUAUAGUGUGUCCCCGCAGAUGCCAUAACAUUGAGGAGGAGCGAGGCUCACUCACCUACGAGUCACUAGCGGAGGGACCAUUGACCUACAUACUACAGGAAGCUACAGAUGCGUGUUCGAUGGAAGGGUUUUUGUUUUCGACCCUGGAUAAGUUUUCUCUGAUCACCCAGCUAAGACAGAAAUACCAUAUAUCUCAACUACUAAAACCAUCGAGCUUCAAUUGAGCUUCUGAAUUGGUGUCUGCUACCUUGGCACUGCAUGCAGCUUAAUAUUUGUGGUUUUGCUCGAAAGGGACGUCGACUAACCGAUUAGGACAGAUGUAUGGAGCCCAACCCCUGCAUUUGCAUUGAAAUUCUCCCAAUUCGCUCCGAGUGAACUGUACAAGCCUCCACCACUGCUAAAACGAAUGCUCUUUGUUGCUUCUUAGUUUAGAUUGACACGUAG